CGCGGUGGGCGUUCAGCCCCUAAUCUGGAGCCAGCAGCUGGCUAACGCCACAAGCCGACUCGUCCGGCUCCAGAGGGACAAGAUGGCCUGCCAGUUCGCCAACCUGACAGCCGGCAAGUACGGCGCCAACCAGCUAAUGACAAGUGGCGGAGCCGUGACGCCCCGCAUAGCGGUGGAAGAGUGGGUGAGGCAAAAGCAAUAUUACAACCACGCCAACAAUUCUUGCGUUCCAAAUCACAGGUGCGGUGUUUACACGCAGGUGGUGUGGAGGAAAUCGAUUAUGUUGGGGUGCGCUCAAGCCACGUGCGUUAAGGAGGAUGCUAGCUUGACCAUUUGUUUCUAUAAUCCACCUGGGAAUUACUUUGGGGAGAGUCCAUACUGACCCAUGCUCUAUUUCUUAAUUGUGAUAGUUGCUGAGUGUAUGUUAAAGUUGGCAUUUCCGUUUAGUGUUAACUAGAAUGGUGCUGAGAUUGGGCUUUUGAGGUCAUUGAACCCUUUUGGCAUGAUGCGAUUCCCAGUUUGCUACUAAUAAUAAUGAAUCUUGUUUACUAGUUAAGA